ACGAAAAAAAAGAAAAACUUGUUUACUUUGAUUAUCAAAAUGUAAAUUCCCUUUGUCCGCGCCAUCAUUACGUCAUCAGCUUACGCUAGAUCUGUUUCUUUCGAGUUAUAGAAAGACAAUUUUAAAACAAUCAGCGCGGGUAUUUUCUUUGGGCUAUUUUCUAACAUUUGGUAAUGCUAUAGAAUAGGAGGAAUGUAGAGCAAGGCCGAGGUUUGGAACGUUCCAGGUUAAUAAUUUGUUUAAUAUAUGGCUUUUGCUUUGGUUUUACAGGACCCGCAAUCAGCCCGGGGGCAUUACAGGAGAAUAAUGUCCUUGAAUUAGCCAAUCAGAGCGCGUGUUAUUUUACCAACAAAUACAGGCCACAUAAUAUCCGCACAAUAGCACAAACCAGAAUAAUUUCGACUGCCUCUGUUGCGUGAUCCACAGAUAACUAAUUUGUAUUUAACAGACCUGUGCAUUGUACUCAUGUAUAUAAGCCUACGAAAAAUUCAGCAGGCUUAGAAAUAAAACCAAAACCGAUAGAACUUGGUUUCUUAGAAAGUGAUUUCAAAACCUUUCGUGGAAACAAAUUAAACCACACCAAGCAUUAAUUUCUAUGGUAACUGAACCUUAGCCAAUCGCAUAAACAUGAAACGUCAGCAUCGUUUGGUCUGUUUAUGCAAAAAGUCAAGGUCAACUGAACUUUUUUCCCUCUUAUUUCAAUUGACAACGAACGUGAUAACAUAAACAACGGAGACAACCGGAUCAAUAUUCUGUUUUCUAGGAAAGAAAAGAACUGAAAAACAGAACAUUGAACGUUAAACAGUACUAAGCAAUAUGAAGGUAAGGUCUGGCUGGAACAAAGCUUUGCUCGCCUCGCUUUCUUGCGAUUUAGAGCAUAUCACGAAAUAUAUCAUUUUCGCGGAUCAUCUCUACUGCUGACGUCCCAUGCACACCUUUGCACUACUUUGAAUCUAUUUCGUUCCGCAUCAGAGAAGCCUCAUCGGUUCCCGACUACGAUUUUCUACCUGAAUCAAGUUUAACUUCUUUACACUCUCUGUGAGUAUAAUUUUUGUUCUUGUUAACAGUACAAUGAGUCGGCUCAAAAGGUGAAGAAAACAGUUUUCACGCAAAUGUCUCAAAUUACUCAGGAACAUUUAAUUUAAGUUGCAAUUUGCUACUCUGAACAAUCUUUCUCUUUUAGACACGGCAGGUUCAAUCAGUGAGCCAUGGGCAGACAGCCAAACCUACAACGGUGUUUAAUCUAAAUGUUCUUCCAUUGUAUAAUAAAGAUUAUAACAAGGCAGUGAGUCCAAUUACAUUCGGUCGUGUUUUCAACUGCGUAUACGCUAUUAGCAAAUUCAAAAUUUGGUGGAGACAAAAUUUGUCGAGAUUUUUGGCAGAGCCAAACAAAUCUUGUCAACCUAGUGCGUACGGGGCCUGAGAUACGAGGAUCAUUCAGCACCCUAUCACAAAGUAAUCUUCGCUCCGAUGUGAAAAGCAAACUUUGCCUUUCCAAGAAAUUCUCAUAUUAACAGUACUGCUAGACACAGAAUUAAUUAGCCAGUUCCGUGCUGAAACAUGCACAAGUCUUUCCUAAUAACAUUUUUACGCGUUGCACGUUAACAUUGCUAAGAGAAUUUAGGUGAUUGUUUAAUCUUUAGUUAGAGAGGGUGGCUCGAAAUAGCAGAGCAAGUAAACUUGAGGCCUUAUAAAUAGCAAAUUACGAGCUAAAUAAAAAAAACGCAAAAGAAAUUCGAAGGCCUAACUAUUUAAGCAUUCAGUUUUCUCAGAAUUAUGGCUUCGAGGAAAAACUUUCUAUCAUGGAAUAAGAAUGUCGAUUCACACCUGAAGUCACGUUACAGCAGGUCAUACACUGUUGCACCAAUCGCUCAAAUAAAUAUAUAACCCAUAACUAGAACUGAACUGGCAUCAGUUCUGCGACCUCUUAAGAGUUUUGAGUAACAAAUAUCUAGUAGGUUCCAACAACGCAAUUUUGUUCGGAACGUUUAAGCGAUCUGAAGCCUUCGUCUACCAAAACUGAGUUUGCUCUUUCUCUUGUUUCAAAGUGGAUCUCAUGUAGGUACAGUAUAAAGUGUUCUACGUCGUAACACUGAAGUUCUUUUGAAAACUUUAAAUUUGGAGAACGAUUUUGAAAACGUUUAAUAUGGAUAACGAUUCUCAUUAAAAUGCCAUCUGGAGACAAAUUUUUCACAAAGCAGAGGACUUCCGUUUAGAUGGCUCCUCGCGUUUAGAGUUAACACCUUUGAGCGGGAUUCGGUGACUCGCUUUCCAAGUUCACUGCGACAAGAGAAAGAAAGGUAACAGUUUUCAGUUUAGUUCACCACAACACAAACAGCUACAAAGUGAUAUCACCCAGACAGAUAUUUCUAUGUUUGGACUCACAAACCAACCAAACGAAAUUUUUUCUUUCAGGGUACAGUGUGUCAUAUCAGGCAUUAAGAAGGAACUGAAUGUGUUCAACAUGAAUCUUCUUGGACAAUACGACCCACGUGUUGAAAUGAACGACACUGCUUUGGAGUUAUAUUUAUCGAAAUCCAUUGGCAACUGAGUUCAACUCGUUUACCAGCGAACACAGGGAAAGAGGAACAGCUACACUUCGGGCAAAAGGAAUGAUGUAUCACCACACCGUGGUUCAAUUAAUUCUGCGUCUUCGCUCCUGAUUGCUAAAUCAUUUUAAAACUGAAGGAUACUGUACCGCAACAUGUCCCAACAUGUCACGCACGUCACGAAACACUGGCUCUAUCUCCUAAUCUUCCCACAAGCCCAUGGGCACCAAAAAAGGAAAAGGAAAAGGGAAAGAGGCCUUUAUUUCAACACCACAUCUUGGAAGGAGUUUUGGGCCGAGUCAAUCGACGAAAGAUACCACACUAAAAGACCUGACUGACAAUAUUACAGAAAGCGAGAUAAAUCUAAAAUGGCAUCGAAACAAAACCUUACAAAACAGGUAAGACGUUGAUCUCAACACAUAUCUUAAGAGCUACUGCCUCUUAAUAUGGAGUUUCCCACGACAGGUCGCAAAAUUCGAAUUUUCUUUUAUUGUGUCAAGAAGACCCUUUUUGGUGAACUUCUUUCAAAAAAUACUUUACUGCGCCUUUCAAUAACAUGAGGACUCUAAAAUUCAAAGCUCAUCCGCCAAAUGCGUCUUUUGCUGCCGUCGAUCACAUGUUCAGCGGCUCCUCCCAGCUUCCGACUACUGCCGAGCACUGUUUCGUUGUCUGAACUGUGCUCAACGAUUUGAUUACCGCGCGCUCGGCAGUAGUUGGAAGCCGCCGAACAUCAUUUUCAUUGACGGUAGCGAAAAAAGCAUUUGCCGGUUGAGCUUUGAAUUUUAGAAUCCGCAUGUUAUUGAAAGGCACACUAAAAGUUCCAGCGAGUUCACAUUUUUGUGAAAUCUAGGAAAGUUACCGCUCAAUUAACUAAGAUGGCCGAUGCAAAAUUGCGCAUUUUUAACAGGUCAGUAGAGAAAGAAGGAAACUUGACUUGAUUUCCUAUUCACACAGUUUGAAGUAAAUAAGUUUUGUCUACUUCUUGCCCGUUUGGAAAAUACAACCAUCGCCACUCAAUCAACAUGCCACAUUUCGACUGAUUUUAGAUUUCAAUCUCUCGACAAAUAAGACGUUCUAAAGAAAGAGCUGUGUUAUGGGUAUACCGUGUCUAAAUGGCUAGUUUGGCCCGUGAAAAUUAAGCGCACUAGACGAAAAACUAUAAAGGGUAUUUUGACCAAUUGCGCCAUUUUCAGACGGCCGGUAAAUAUUUAUGGCUCAGCAUUGAACUCGAACGAGGACGACGACGAGGACGAAGAAUUAGACAUAACUACCGAGAUCAGACAUUUCAAAUGCCAGUGCACACAGUACUGAAUAUAUAUUCCGCCAAAGCACUUGAAUUGUUUCUUUCCUCUUCAGGGAACAGAAAAUGAAAGAGCACACUGUUCUUGUCCAGGGCAAUGUGCAUGGAAGAGAGGAAGAGGAGCGUGUCCUUGCAAAGCAGCCGACCUCAAUUGUGUUGACGGUUGUAAAUGUGUCAAGUCCAAGUGCAAAAAUCAGGUACGAGAAGCUUACAAAUGAAUGUCAGUUCCAUCAAAUUAUUUCUAUAUUCUUCAUUGAGUCAUGUUAAAUUUUCCCAUUAGAUUUCUGCACGACCAUGCUACUCUCGACGAGGACACUUGGUCACGCAGGACACUGGGUCUAGUGGACGCCAUAGCCCCGUAGGGUAAGGGACAUCAAAUUGAAAACGCCAGAUUCUGCGUUUAGUUCAUUUAUCCUAAAAGUGAUUUCUUUCCUUCCAAGGCCGCUGAUAAACCAACUGAAACAAAUUUUGCCAUUGUGACUAGCUUAAAAAUAACCUAUUUAUUGCUUAUUUGUGCACCUUUUUAAAACGAAAAACACCAGAGAUAAAAACCAUUUCAGAAUGCUUUUCUGCUGGGCGAAGAACCAAAGUAACAAUUUUGGACAUAUCCUGCACGUUUUCGAUCCGAUUAAUACUGGUAAAAAUAAGUUGGUUACUUUGUUAAAAAAGUGGAAACUACAUGGGGAUCGGCCCAAAAGAGAUAACUAUAGUAGGAGAAAGUAAUCAGAUGAUGAAGAUGAUGUAGAAUGUUUCUUAUCCCUUUUUAGGGGCAUUGCAAUUCACCCUGACGAAAAUCAGGGCCACCGCAACAGGUCUUUCCUGGGGAACGGAAGUCACGCAAUGAUCGCAAAAAUUUACAAGUACCAAACCCCUCACCCUACAACAACCCGAAGGAAAACAAUAAAACAAAGGCAAACAACGCAGCGACCAAUGUUCACCAAUUAAGAAAUGACACGCUAGCACUACGUCGGAACACGUGUUGUCAGCACGUACAUGUACUGUAUACCAGCUACAUAGUCUCCACAACAAUUAAUCUCCACACCUGCGCUUUAUCUGGAACCACAGCCAACAGGUAGGAGUUGGUGCACAUUAGUGCUUAAAAAGUGCUGAAUAAUGCAGCCGACUGCACAAUGCUAAGGAUAUAUGCUUAAAGAACUGCAUUGUAUUUCUAUUGCAGAUGUGAUAUCAAUGCGUCGCUCCUAUGACAUGUUUUCGCUUACCUUGCGGGCGUUUUUUAUAGACAAACACUGAAAACAGCGAAAAAAAUAUAAAAAAAGCCUAAAUAAAUGCAACGUAGCUUACAUCUGGCUGAGGUUCAUUUAAUUAUAGCACAGAAGCAGAAUAUACUUAUUUAUAGCUUAUCGAUUUAAACUACAUGUAUAGAGACGCACCUUCCCAUUCAAUUAACUUCAACACUACAAAUGAAAAUCAAACGUCGAAUUACAAACAGCAGCUGUAUUUUUACAAAUCAGAACCUCAAGAUAAUGCGCUGACUAGACUUAACUGCGGGGAAAGAACGCUGCUGACGGUACACAUAACGGAUUUUGCUGGGUAACUUGUCUUUUCUAAACAAAGAGAGUAGAUUUCAACCCGCGCGUCACACCCAGUGAACGUUUUAACAAAUAUGUGUAUUUCACUACCUUUUGCAGGAACUCACCAAUGGACCGCGCACAGAUGGAUGAACAACAAUCGGCAAACAAUGCUAGUGGGUCCAACAGAGAUCUCAUGCCCAUGUUGGAAAUGAUGUCUCAGUAUCAAAUGAGUAAUCUGGAGGUUCUAAAUGAACGUCAUGAAGAUGAACUAAGCACCAUUGCUCAAGUCUUUAUAGAGAUGCUGAAAAUCCGGCAAUUUUUAGAAUUGAAGUGGGUGUUAUCAUCAGAUGCGCAUAUGGUUCCUAAGGAACUGUAAGCAAUGUAUAAAGUAUAAAAAGAUGAUAAAAAGUUGGUUUCUAAAGUAUAGCAGAAAGAAGGGAUUAAUUUGUGUUUUGUAAUGAACAAACUCAAGAAGAAAGUAUUCACUGAGAAACAUAUAAUAUUUUAUUAUAUAAAACAGUCUAGUGCACUCUUUUAUUAACUACUGACUGGCAGAAUUGAGACUAUUGUUCUCUUAUGGAAUUGUGUGUAUACGAAUACAUAUCCAUGUACACAUGCAUGUACGUACCCUUUAUACAAGAGUAAGAAGUGGCUGUAUUUUUAUAUCCGUUAGUAUAUAUUUUAAUUAGUACAUAUACAUUAUUUUGCAUUUUU